AUGGAGAAUGGAAAGAAGAGGCUGACCCUAUUGGUUGGAUGCAAUUACCCCAAUACCCAAUACGAGCUCCAUGGCUGCGUAAACGACGUCGUUUCCAUGCGAGACACGCUGGUGAGCAGGUUCGGGUUUGAUCCCAACCAUAUUGAGCUACUGACUGAUCAGCCAGGUUCAUCAGUCACGCCCACUGGUGAAAACAUUAAAAGGGCUCUUGGUGAAAUGGUUGACAAGGCUGAAGCUGGGGAUGUCCUGUUUUUUCAUUAUAGUGGACAUGGGACAAGAAUUCCUUCGAUGAAACUAGGCAAUCGAUUUAGGCAAGACGAGGCUAUUGUUCCUUGUGAUUUCAAUCUCAUCACUGAUGUGGAUUUCCGACACUUGGUUAAUCGGUUGCCAAAGGGAGCAAGCUUCACAAUCCUUUCAGACUCAUGUCACAGUGGGGGUCUAAUUGACAAAGAGAAAGAACAGAUUGGACCUGGUUCUACCCGUGACACCAAAGGCGAGAAAUCGCUUUCCUUUAGGCCUAAGACAAUCCCCUUCCAGUCCAUUCUCCAGCAUUUUUCUUCACUCACAAACAUAAACACAUCCGACAUCGCCACUCACUUGUUGGCUCUCUUUGGAUCCAAUUCCAGCCUCAAGUUCCGACUACCCCUAAUCGAGGACAUCGAUUUCUUGAAGCCGGACGAGGGAAUCCUGCUCAGCGGGUGCCAGGCGAACGAGACUUGUGCGGACAUGAAUCCAAUCGUGGCGGGAGGAAAGGCCUGCGGGGCUUUUAGCAACGCCGUUCAGACGGUUUUGGAGAAGAAUCCAGGGAAGUUGAGCAAUAGAGAGGUUGUGAUGAUGACUAGGAAGGUGUUGAAUGAUCAGGGCUUCGUUAAUCAGCACCCUUGCUUGUAUUGCAGUGAUGAGAAUGCUGAUUCUGUGUUCUUGUGGCAACUAUAGAGUGAUUAACAUCCACAUACAAAAAUACUAAACAACCUGAUUGGUCUCAACACAUGACUAAAAGUGUUGUUUUCCUAUUUGUCCAAGACUAAUAAAAUGUGGGCUUACUUUUUACAUAUAAUAAUAAUUACAAUAAAUCGGUGUUAAAAGACCAAUAAGACAUAGACAAUUGGGUGGUGCUUUUAGCCCCCAAUUAAACUAUAUAACAAUGCUCUAAUAUAUAUAUAUAU